AUGUCUCGUCAUCCAAACGCAGUCGUUCUCCCUGAGCCCAUCAACGUUUCUCCUCUUAUCAGAUUGGGAAGAUGGGCUGCUUUGGGAUUGGGUAGGUGUAGUUUUGUGGUUACUAUAUUGGUUUUUAGGUAUUAAAUUUUGUGGAAAGCAGUUUUUUUACCUCUUACUCGAAUUGAAAUUUGAAUUUGUAGUUUUUAAAAUUGUAAAAUGAGAUAUUUUGUUCUUUUGGCAGUGUUGUUGAAGUAAGAGUUUAUGGUUUUAACAUUCUAAUGUUUAGGUGUUGUUUAUGGUGCAUGGAGACUCAGUUCUCUUAAGGAAUACCACGCUGAUAUCAGAGGCUUCCAACAUGACACUGCUGUCGCUAAGGCUGCUGAAGAGGCCAAGAAGAAGAAGUGGGCUUCUCAAGACGAGAUGAAGUAUCUAAUGAAGGUAUGUCUUUGUAGUACUAAAAGUUGAUAGAAGGAUUUUACGAGUUAAAGCGGUUUUUAAGGCAAAGUUUGUUCAUGUGGAAAACGGUUUGUAUUAAUGAGCCGCUCUUUGAAAUGCCUGAGGCAAUGGAUUUGCUUUAUUGCUUUUUGAGCGUUAUUACUUUUAAAGAAGACGAAGAAGGCUAUUUUUACUUAAGAUAAUAUGUUUUACGAACUCUUAAUGAUAUUUGAAGAAAAAAAUCAAAAAAAAAAUAUUUUACAAACUGCCUUAUUAAUAUAACGUUCAAUUUUUAGGUGGUCAAUAUUCCAUUCGAAGAAGGAGUCGCUCAGUUCGGAGUGGAAGACUUGUACCGCGAGGAUUAG